AUGGCCAAACCUCCGCUUCGGCCUCCCAAGGGCCGGCGUGGAGGAUCCAAACCGAAGACCAUGUUGACUUGGGCCAUUUUCCUCAUCCUCAUAGCUGCCGCUCACCCUCAAUCACUCCCUCCGUCCGAUGCUCCUCCGCGAUUGGUGGCCUCGACCCAGAGACUGCGCUCAGCAUCGAGUCGACCGUCUGCUCCGGCUGGCCGCAGUCCAGCAGAGAUUCCGCUUCUCAAGAACGACAUCACUACUGUCAAAUUUCGAAGCACCGAUGAAAACCCCGAAAACCACAAGCUCCGUGCCUUGGCUCCAGCCCACGACUCCUCGAGUGGUGGUGCUGUCAGAGCACCUCUUGCACAGUCUGACGAGUCCUUGUCCCAGGGACUCUCUGCGCUUUCCUCAGCGCGGCUGCUGCAAGAUUGGGAGGUGGAGAACAUUGUCCUACUAGCCACCAUCGAUGGCACCAUACAUGCCCGUGACAGGAAGACCGGCAACGAGAGGUGGUCACUGGGUAUUCCGGACAGUCCCAUGAUCCAGACCAUCCACCACAAAUUGAACCGGAGUGAUCCGGAGGUGGACGGCUCUCAGUACGAGGACGACUACAUGUUCAUUGUCGAGCCGAGUAAAGAUGGCAACCUCUACAUUCAACAUCGAGACCCCAGGAUAGGUCUCCAACGAUUGGGUAUCACCGUCAGAUCCCUUGCAGCUGAAACGCCGCAGUUUGUCGAUGACCCACCACUCGUGACUAUCUCCUCUCAGGAGACUACUGCAUACGUUGUAGAUGCAGCCACUGGCCGCAUUCUACAACAAUUUGACAAAUACCGGGGCUUCUCCAAUGACGACCAGGGCCGCAGCUGUCGGCGACUGAGUGGUUUCGAACUGGAUGACCCAGCGUGCGAUCCCAUUGGAACUAUUAACCUGGGAAGAGUCGAGUACACCAUUGAGAUAUCCCACAAGAUUACAACCCAACCCCUCUGCACGAUCAAGUUCGCUGAAUGGGUUCCAAACAAGGGGGAUAGCGAUCUACAAGACCAAUAUGUCGCUCCCUUGGACAACUACCAAAUUCAAAGCUACUACAACGGCCGAAUCAUCGGCAUCGACAGCGCCGCCGAUUCUGGCAAGGUUCCGAGAUUCACCCAUAUGUUCGACACUCCGGUAGCGCGAGUGUUUGACGUCGUUCGUCCCCUCGACAAUCGAGAUGAAUCUGCCAAGCUAGUCUUACUAGCACGGCCGACAGAUUCUCCUCUCCUCUCCUCUCCCGAGAUCUGGCGGAAUGAAAUGCAGCGAGCUGAGAGGGUUUUCGUGAACAAAACCGAGUCCGGGGUGUGGUUCGCGAUGUCCGAGUUGUCAUACCCCGGCGUAACCAGCGGCGCAUCACCCGCAAGCUCAAACUGGAACUACGACAGUCAGCCGUUGGAUUUUGACAGCAACUUGGAAGAAAUUGUCGGUGUGCACGUGCUUUCUACGGAACCGAACCUCACUCCCCUUAGAUUGACGAUUUCUGGCCCUCCCCCAGUGACGGAUUUGGCGGAGGAGGCAGAGAAGGCAAUGGCAGCAUUGGAGGCCAAGAUCCCGCCAUCUUUGAUCCCUGUGAUCAACCAUCCUUUGCUGUCUGUUUUCAAUAUUAUCUGCGCCAGCAUCAUCUUGUUUGUGGUCGGCCUGCAGAUGAGGAUCCCAAUUAUGUUGAAGAUGCAACGCCUCCUUCGAAAGGCAGGCGUGGAGGUCGCGGUCGAGAAGAUCCGGACUCCAGUGGCUCCUGAACCUGUUCCAGCCACGACGGACAAGCAAGAAGAUCGUGUAGCUGAGAUUACAGGGGACAAGGAUACCGCUGAAGUUGUUGCUGAGAUACUGGAGGACGUCGUCAAAACACCCGUCAGGAGCCGGGCUCAAAGUGCAGCGCUCUCGGUUGCCAGCCCUGCUAAGACUGUCAAAGUGUUCGAACCGAACGAUGAGAGUUCAGAGGGCGAAUCAGAAGACGAGAAGAACAAGGAAGAGUCCAACUCUAACGAAAACGCGGAGAAUGGUGGACAGCCUCGCCGUCGUCAUGCCAAGAGAGGGAAGCGAGGCGGAAAGAGGAAUAAAAAGGGCAAGAAGACAAUGGAUCCGGACGUCAUGGAUGAGAAGGAACAACUCGUGGCCGAGGUUCCCACCAAGGACGGUCUUCUCCAGGUUGGCAAGCUCCGAAUCGACACCAGGGAAGAUCGAUGUCUCGGGCGUGGAAGCAAUGGUACAGCGGUGUUCCCUGGCUCACUGGACGGCAGAGAAGUCGCGGUCAAGCGCUUGAUUCGCUCCUCAAAUAGCCUGGCCGCCAAAGAGAUCAAGCAUCUGCUGUCUAGUGACGAGAACCCGCACGUCAUCCGGUACUUCGGAAAGGAAGAGUCGCAACACUUCACCUACAUUGCGCUUGAGCGCUUUACCACUUCUUUGGAUCAGUUCAUCGAGCGCCCCCUUCAAUAUCCCGAAUUGGUGAAGCUGCCCGAAGGGUUUGAUGUCAAGGACACGCUACGGCAAAUUACGGAUGGCGUCCAACACCUGCAUUCUCUCAAGCUGGUACAUCGAGAUAUCAAGCCUCAGAACGUCCUGGUCAAGGCUGUUAAAAGCAAUCGUCCUACCAACGGGAUGCCGAAACUGCAGUUUGUCAUUUCCGACUUUGGCUUAUGCAAACCUCUCGAGGAAGGCCCAGAAUCAACUUUCGCUCCAACUGCGAACCAUACAGCCGCCGGCACUACCGGCUGGAGAGCACCAGAGUUGCUCGUCGGCUCCAGGUCGGCUGUUGCGCCGAAUUCUAGCUCGACUUCGACUUCCAAAUCCACCACCCACUCUAGCGAAGGCACUGUCAUUGAUCGUCCAUCAGGCCGUCGUGCAACCAAGGCAAUAGAUAUCUUCUCCUUGGGAUGUGUCUUCUAUUAUGUCAUGACUCAGGGUCGUCACCCCUUCGAUGUCGGAGGAACCAGCCUCGGGCGGGACCUGAACAUCAAGGAGAACAAGUUCAGCACAGAAGAUUUACGUCUGUACGACUACCAAUUCGAUGCCGAUGACCUUGUCAUGCAAAUGCUCAAACACAACCCCAAAGAGCGUCCUGACACAAGCCAGAUACUUCGUCACCCCUAUUUCUGGGACGUGGCCGAUAAGCUGGAAUUCCUCUGCGAUGUGUCGGAUUGCUACGAGCGGGAGAAGAAUUCGAUCAACAACAUCUUCGACGAGAGUGCGAUACGCACACCCGCGGAGAAGGAAUCUCUUGCUGAGCUCGCUGCCCUAGAAUCCCUUGCGCCCAACGUCAUCGGACCAUCUAAGGACUGGCUCCGCGCACUUCCAAAGACCUUCCUCACAGAAAUGGGCAAACAGCGCAAAUACAGCGGUUCCAAAAUGAUCGAUCUGUUGAGAGUGAUCCGCAACAAGAAGAACCACUUCCAUGACUUGCCGCAGGACGUGAAAGAGCAGAUGCUGGGCGGUAGUGCGAAGGGAUACUAUGAAUUCUGGGCAAAGAGGUUCCCGAGCCUGUUGAUCAACUGCCACUGCCUUAUCAUGGAGCGCGGGUUGGUUGAGCGGUUCCGGAUGGAGAGGUGGUUUGUUGAGUGA